CCGACCCACAUAACGAGCGGGCGGUAAUUUUUAGAAAACUAUGCGAGUAUGUGUCUCUGGUCCCUGGGUACACAAACAGCUCUAGCGCGAUCAGGGUGGGGUGUGCAAGGGGUUAAGUCUGCGGUGAUAAGAACUAUUACCAGGGUUUUGCCUUAAAGGAAGCAUAUGAUGUACUGUUCCUUAGAUUUUGUCUCUUGAAAACGUGUUCACCAAUCUGCCAAUACCUCUUACAAGUAGACCGUCGUCGCUCAGCUUAAGCUUCUUACUUGGCUCACUGUGGUCUCGACUGACGACACAGAAGUUGCAAUACAAAACUGUACCGCCCCAAAAUAAGCCUCACUGAGUUCCUACAGGGAAACCAAGCUUGUUUUUUUCGUGGCUGACGCCGUAACAAGACCCAAGCCGCCAUGGGGAAGUGCGUAUCCAAGAACAGGGAAGAGAAGGAUCUGCAGCCGGUAAAUGUCGAGCCCGUGGCGAACGCAAGAACCGCGCGAUCUGCCGGCAACGCUCCCGGCCCUCGGAGGCUCACGCUUCUGGCAGAGAACCUCGACCAGUGCCUGCAGGUGUCUGACGUGUAUUUCCGGUUGUCCUACAACCGGCGCGCUCACCACACGGAGGAGUACGAGAGCUUCCAGCUGAUCGUCAGGCGCGGACAGCCCUUCCAACUCAGCCUCGCCUUCGACAAACCUUACACGGAGGAAAACUCACAAGUCACGCUCGAGUUUCACACAGGCGACUCCCCGAAGAUCAGUGACGGCACAUUGGCCCGGGUGCCGGUGGACAGUCCUCUGGGCGGCACGUCAUGGGGAGCAAAGGUCACGGACAAGGGUCUGAAGACCAUCGACCUGUUAGUCCAGGCGCCGCCCAACGCUAUCGUCGGGAAGUACAGCAUAGUUGUAGAGACGAUACUGGACGGACACAAGUACCGGACAGAGAGGGACCCGUACUCACACAUCUACAUACUCUUCAACCCAUGGUGUAAAGACGAUUCUGUGUACCUGAACGACGAAGAAGAGCUGCAGGAAUACAUCAUGAACGAAUCCGGCAUCAUUUACGUCGGUAACAAGAGACAAGUCAUGGAGAGGCCCUGGAACUACGGACAGUUCGAGAUGCCUGUUCUAGACGCCUCGCUUGAACUCCUGGACAAAGCCAAGUUUCCACCAAGGGCGCGGUGGGACCCGAUAAGGCUCGUCAGAGUCGUCUCCAAAAUGGUGAACAGUCAGGACGAGGACGGGGUGCUGGUAGGGAACUGGUCGGGGGAGUAUGAGGACGGCAUCCGCCCGAGCGCCUGGAACGGCAGCGUGGAGAUCCUGCAGCAGUACCACGUCAGGAAGGAACCCGUCUGUUACGGGCAGUGCUGGGUGUUCGCAGGCGUUACCACUUCAGUUCUCCGCAGCCUGGGCAUCCCGUCCCGCAGCGUGACCAAUUUCGCCUCGGCGCACGACACGGACGGGAACCUGGUGGUCGACAUCCACUACGACGAGGAGUUCACACCCAUCGACUACCUCAACACGGACUCAACAUGGAAUUUCCACGUGUGGAACGAGGCGUGGAUGACCCGGCCGGACCUGCCGGCUGGGUAUGGCGGCUGGCAGGCGUUCGACGCCACACCGCAGGAGACAAGCGAGGGGCACUACAAGUGCGGUCCGGCGUCUGUCCAUGCCAUUAAGAACGGCCAUGUUUACUAUGGUUACGACGCCAAGUUCAUCUUCGCAGAGGUCAACGCCGACAGCAUCUCAUGGGUGUGUCCUGAGGACGGGCCCAUGUACCAGGUGUGGCAGCAGGAAAAGGGUAUAGGCGUGAAAAUCAGCACCAAGGCAGUAGGGAAGGACGAGAGAGAAGACAUCACAGACCAUUACAAGUAUUCCGAGGGCACGGAAGAAGAGCGACUUGCUGUUGAAAAGGCGGUGAGCCACGGCAGCAGACCGCACACGUACGGCGAGAGACCGGAGAAGGCGGACGUCGAGUUUUCCAUUAAUGCUCCAAAAGAGGUCAUCGUAGGACACGAUUUCACGGCCAGCGUGACGCUGCGUAACCAUAGCAACCAAGAGAGGAGCGUCAGCAUGUUCCUGACGGCACAUACCAUGUACUACACGGGGGUGCCGGUCACACAGUUUCAUAAGGAGAAGUUUGUGGUGACCCUACAGCCAAAUGGACAAAUGACUUUACACGCACAGAUUGAGCCCGCCCAGUACAUGUCCUAUCUGGUGGACCAGGGUGCCAUCAAACUCAACCUGUUGGGGCGAGUCAAGGAGAACAAGUGCACGUUUGCCGGGCAGACAGACUUCCGCUUCAGCGUGCCCAAGCUCAACAUUCACAUCCCCGCCAGAGAAAGGUCUGACUUCCCCGUCGGAGAAGAGUUUGUGGUCGAGUUGUCUUUCAAGAACCCUCUAGCAGUCAAACUUACAAACACGGAGUUCCACGUCGAGGGACCGGGAAUCCAGAAACCGAAGCUCAUUUCAUACAGAGAUGUCCGUCCCCUGGAAGCUGCCAGGACGUUAGUGACCAUGAAGCCAGUCCGACCGGGCAGCAGGAAGAUCAUCGCUAACUUCCAGUCCAAACAACUCCACGAUGUACAGGGACAUUUGGAAAUACAGGUCACAGAGGACGACGUUAUAGACGAAUAACAUGCUUAGUCAGAAAGUGUCCUUGUAGUUUCUAUUGCUGUAAAAUAAAACGUUAUAGGAAGCAAAAUUUAUAAGAGUACCAUAUCUUUAGUAUGUGUUCUGCUGUGGACGUUUGUCAUUGUUGUUUAAGUCAAUAAAACAAGGGGUCAAAACAGAAUUAAUCAAGGGAGUAAAAUCCCACCUACAUUUAUGUCUAUUUUCAGUGCAAUUUGAAGUUUUAUUUGGAUUGUACCCAAUUGUGUUGGAGAUUAUUUUCAAAACAACCAUUCCUCUUAUGAAGCCGAGCAUUUAAGUCAGUCAUGAGAACUGUGCUUGCAUUUUUCACGUCAUAUAACCUGGUCACCAUGAUUAUGUUGUUUGUACUUCACACAGAAAAUGAAUAAACAAGUUCAGAUUGCUUUUUCAUG